CCGGCUGGGCAGGAUUCCGGACAACGCCUGGUUCCUCUCGGGUCCUUCCGGCGUCGCCGGAGUGAAUUGAUCCGGGAGUUGAAGAGGGCUCGAAGGUGGGAAGUGAAGUCAGUGCCUCAGUUGCCGGUCAAUAUAUGUUUUGUGACCUAUUCUUUUAUCACCAAAAAAGAGAGAAGAAAUACUGCAGUGAAUGAAGAUUCCUCUGCAUUUUAGCACUGCUUUUUCUACUGUCGUUGGCUUUUGAAUGAGGAUGACAAUGGAAGAGAUGAAGAAUGAAGCUGAGACCACUUCCAUGGUUUCUAUGCCUCUCUAUGCAGUCAUGUAUCCUGUGUUUAAUGAGCUAGAACGAGUAAAUCUGUCUGCAGCUCAGACACUGAGAGCAGCUUUCAUUAAGGCUGAAAAAGAAAAUCCAGGACUCACACAAGACAUCAUAAUGAAAAUUUUAGAGAAAAAAAGUGUAGAAGUUAACUUCACAGAAUCACUUCUUCGAAUGGCAGCUGAUGAUGUAGAAGAGUAUAUGAUUGAACGACCAGAGCCAGAAUUCCAGGACCUAAACGAAAAGGCACGAGCACUUAAACAGAUUCUCAGUAAGAUCCCAGAUGAGAUCAAUGACAGGGUGAGGUUUCUGCAGACAAUCAAGGAUAUUGCUAGUGCAAUAAAAGAACUUCUUGAUACAGUGAAUAAUGUCUUCAAGAAAUACCAAUACCAGAACCGCAGGGCACUUGAACACCAAAAGAAAGAAUUUGUAAAGUACUCCAAAAGUUUCAGUGAUACUCUGAAAACCUAUUUUAAAGAUGGCAAGGCAAUAAAUGUGUUCAUAAGUGCCAACCGACUAAUUCAUCAAACCAACUUGAUACUUCAGACCUUCAAAACUGUGGCCUGAAAGUUGUAUAUGUUAAGAGAUGUACUUCUCAGUGGCAGUAUUGAACUGCCUUUAUCUGUAAAUUUUAAAGUUUGACUGUAUAAAUUAUCAGUCCCUCCUGAAGGGAUCUAAUCCAGGAUGUUGAAUGGGAUUAUUGCCAUCUUACACCAUAUUUUUGUAAAAUGUAGCUUAAUCAUAAUCUCACACUGAAGAUUUUGCAUCACUUUUGCUAUUAUCAUUCUUUUAAGAAUUAUAAGCCAAAAGAAUUUACGCCUUAAUGUGUCAUUAUAUAACAUUCCUUAAAAGAAUUGUAAAUAUUGGUGUUUGUUUCUGACAUUUUAACUUGAAAGCGAUAUGCUGCAAGAUAAUGUAUUUAACAAUAUUUGGUGGCAAAUAUUCAAUAAAUAGUUUACAUCUGUUAAACAUUUCUUUACUUGAAAAAAUUGAUAUAUCUGUGUGUAUAUAUAUAUAAAUAUAUAACCAUAAGACCAAGAUUACUUGGGUUAAUAUCUAAAGAACUUUUAAUGGGAGCUUAUUAGCAGUUUAUCAGGUAAUUAAGCAGCAAGAAUUUUUAUUUUUUUGUCCUUAAUCACUCCGGGCAAAAAGUAGUCAAUGGAAAUAUUUUUUUAUUUAUAUAAAGGGUACUAUUUUUCCAGCCUGUUUUAAGAGACAUAUGAGAGAGAUGUCAAUUUAUAGUGUUUUCAUGUUAUGAUGCCACUUUUUGAACUCUGACAGUGUAAAAUUAAGUAUUUCUUGUGUGCUAGGCCCUAAUAAGCUUUGCGCCUUUUCCUCCAAAAUAACCACAACUAAUAGUAAUUUAAAGCUAUACCAAUGCUCAUUGGUUUGAAAUUGUCAUGAGUGUUAAUAUUAUAUACUCUCUUUAAUAUAUAUAGUUUUAUUUCACCAUAGAGAAGUAUUAAGGAAAUUAUGUAUCAAAUAUUCAUGUAAAUAAGCAUUUUCAUUUUUCAGUUAUGAAAUAAAGGAAAAAUUAGAAUUUGUUUAUUUUUUAUAAAGAUUUUAAAUGUUAAACUACAUUUCUGUUGGCAAUACAAUUUUUUUGCUAUAAUGAAUUAAGUUACUUUUUAAAUUUUUCUUCUUUUUCAAAAAGAUUUUAAAAGAACUACUGUCAUUGGCAAUAGAAAAGGAAUAAAUUGUCCUGUUAGAUGCAAACAGAAAAUAUGUGGAAAGAAGCAAAACAAUAGACUACUGGAUGAAAUCUCAUAAUUUAUGGACAUUUUAUUGAAUUGAUGUGUGUUUUUUUCUUCCAAGCCAGUAAAACGAAUAGAAUUGGUUA